CAAAGUUGAAGUAACACAGCAGGCGUAACGAGCCAAACUCCGAAGUGAUCUCUUUCCGUAAAUUAAAUCCCAAGAUGGAUGAAUUUGAUUUAAUGAUACAAGCACGGCUAGCCGCCAUACAGCUGAAGAAAACCGAAACUAUCAACGAUUUGAUAAAGCAAAUAUUUGGCGAAGAAUUUCACCGUAUCUCGAUAUGGUACGAAGGAAGGUACGUUCCCGGCACUACGCUCCUGGGUCAGUUUGCACCGUCCACACAAGUAGAGUAUAUGGUGAGCCUCCCGGGCGGCAAGGUGCACGGUUCGUUAGCCCGUGCCGGCAAGGUUAAGGGCCAAACGCCGAAAGUGGAGAAGAAGGACAAGCCGAAGCGCAAAACGGGACGCGCCAAGCGUCGUCUGCAGUUCAACAAGCGCUUCACGCAGAAGACGACCACCGCCAAGCAGCAGCGUCGCCGAGGACCUAAUUCUCAGACAGCUCAGGGUUGAAGAAGAAUGGCGACGAAGACCUAACGUUUAUCUCAUCUGUAAAGGGUAUGCCGUUUUCAAGAGCCAAUAAAAUGAUUUGAAUUGCUGAAAGUAACAGAGGAGUUGUUAGUAGUGUCAUUAAGCGAAGGGACGCAGGUUACGGUUCACAGGUAAGUGUCGGCUUUAGCUCAUUAUUGUCUCGGAAUAUGCGUGAUCACAGCAGACACAGUCCAGUUCCCGAAUGCAGAUUCGUAGGUGAAGUGGAACUAUCGCACUGCUAGCGAACAUCCCCCAGCAACCGUCACCAAGUCGGGCAGCAAUCAAGUAGUCCACGAUCCCUUCACCAUCUCCCGAACCCAUGCCAGCAGUAGUAGUAUUGUGUUUGAUUUCCGAAGCGGAAGUUGUGUGACAGCUGGAACUUAGCGAAGCGUUGCUUUUCCGCAUUGUUUUGUCAACAGCCGCCAUCCAACGUGACUGGUACGGGGGCUCGCGUGGUCUGGUGAGAUAUUGCCAGCGGUAAGCGGAUUGUGCCAUCGUGCGCACUAAUACGGUUCGUGACGGAUGAGCAUCACAACUGCAUUCGGCGGCGGCGGCGGCGGCGCGCCCUGUGUGACAAUUAUCUGUCCAAAAAGGAUGCGAUCCUUUCUCUUACCCCGUCCGAAUCAUCCCUAUCUGUCGAGCCAUGGUCUGGAUAUGGUGCAUAGGACGGAGCCUUCGGGACCAUCGUCGGCCUCUGGUGGUGUCUGGGAUUUAAUCCACUUAUAACGCUACCUCUUUCCAGCCGGCCGGCUUACGAUGCACAGCCGGAUAGUGAAAGUUUUUUGCUUUAUUAAGGAUUUGCUGGAGCGAAACAAGCACAAGAGGGUCGGUGAAGUAAGUUUUCUAUUGUUUCCUUUUUAACAAACUAUGGCGUUCGAGAGAUGCAUUCGCUUUCAUCUGUUCUUUCUGUAUUUUUUAAGGUCCACAUAGAAAGGUUCUUUCAACAAUCGAACUGAACGUAUGCGAUUAUACACACUCCAAUAGCAAUACGGUACUUAGAAAAGUCGAACACACCCGGAUUCGGGUAUGUAUCACUUUUUUGCCAACUCUUAUUAAGGGCGGAGUUCUAGAAUUCAGGGUUUUUGUGCGCACAACAUCAGUGUCGAUCCUCUCGGGGCUUUAAAUGUGGGCCUGUCAUAACAUGCGAGCGCCAUACAGCACACUGGAAGCAGAGUGUGGAUGUGUAAUGAUAGGUUUCGAUGGUGGAAUUAACGAACUCGAUUAGGGAAUUGGCAGGCAGGCAGUAGCAGCUGUUGCAGUUGCGAGUUUCGCUUUCAUCCAGCCAAAGUAACAGUUAAUUGGUGGCCGAUGGCAAUGCUGCUGCUGGUGGGUGCGGCCUCAACGAUUACAGUUUUUAUUCGUUUGAAGUUGCAAAUAAAGCUGCAACGUACGAUUCUUUUCGUACCCCAGCUCCACCAGAUGGGCGCUCUAUGGAACCAGAAAGCUAG